CUUCGAAAGAACACCCGCCAACCCACCAGCGCACGCGAAACAGAGAAAACUCAUUGCUUCUUGACAUCCUUCAACACCUUUGCAUACCUUUUUAUCAAGUGAAGAAUUCAUGUGCGGCUGAGGUUGCGGCUGCUUCUGCUAGAACUUCUGAUGGUGCUGCGCUGUGUAUGAAGGUCGACCACUAAUAGGUUGUAGUUUCAACACAUAGACGCACACACAGGUAUACGUAUCACUGUUUGUACAUACUCGGUUUGAUUUGUAGAUUGAUCGAUAAUACCCAGGGCGAAGCCACAGCACACACAAACACACACAAACCACAAACGCUCUUCGAUGACGUCGAACGCUCCGCCUUUAUCCUCUUCUCUAUCCGCAUCCUUGUUCGACAUCUCCUCAUCAUGCCAAUUAUGCGAUGACUUUCCCGAACAAAUCCGGAUUCCUAACAACACCUCUCUGUGGAAAUCAUACGGAGGGCGGUUCAAGUUUAGCGGCGUCGUCGCGACGGUGCACGCGGCUUCAAUGGAGGAUCCAAGAUUACAAAAUGCCGUUCUCGAAUCCGGAAAUGGCCGUAUUUUGCUAAUAGUUCGUUCGUGCUCCUCCUGUCACUCUGCUAGUAUCGGCAACGAGGGUCCGGACCUGGACAGCACGUGCUGCUGUUCCGAACGCGCAGCAAUUCUUGGUGAAGAGAACGCCUUGGCAGCUGCUGUCAAUGGAUGGUCGGGUAUCAUCGUUCAGGGAUAUGUUCGUAACAUAACGACCUUGUCAAAAUUACCCAUGGGGAUUUUGGCGCUGGGACACACACCGCGUGCAGUAUCUCGGACGGGUACGUCUGAGACAAUCUCGCUGACGUCCACCAAUUCACCCGUCGCCGUAGGCAAUGUUGUCUGUCAUACGGGCGACUUUGCAUGUGCGGAUGAAGACGGCCUUGUGUUUCUCGAUCAAAAAGUAGUCGAAGCCUCUCAUCAUUUCGCAUUGCGGCAAGCUCAAGGCGCUAUGCAAACGAUGAACACGAAGACAGGCAGUAGUGGUGCGUCAUCGCCACCUUCCACCACCCACCGCAGUGCGAGUGACAGCCGUAUACAAGAAAUUGAGCGGGAAACCGGUAUUGGUUUUCACGAAUACUACCGUAGCGCUAGCGCGACGGUGGUCGCCGUAAAGCCAAUAGGAGCCUCUCGAUCGCACCAGACCCCCACCUAUUCUAGGUCCUCCGCUCCGAAAAAUCCUUGGGAUUGGUAGGCCUGAUACAAUAGAAUACUAACAGU